UCUUUAUUUUUCGGGGAGUUUUUUUUUCUCCUUACAACGAAAAAUUUUUAAUGCGGUUAUUUUUGUACCAAAAUACUCCACGCUUUUGUAAAAUCAGCCGCCGCAGCAGCAAGCAUACUUUGUUCGCCAAUCUCCCAACUACCACCUCCUCCCCAACUUUAGAGUGGCCAAAGAACAUGUGUACUGCUGGCUGUUCGUUGACGAGAAGAGGACAGACACUUUGAGUGUGGAGACCAAGCAAGCAGGGUUUGUUCGUGGGCCCUGCUCCUCAGUCUCGUCGCCACAGUUGAAGAAUUGUGUGUGCAGUUUUUUUCUCUGUUUGGUCUCGCUUUUGGUCGCCAGUGUUAUUUUUAUUAUUUCGUUCAAGAGUCAAUAUUAUUGAGGUGUUGUUGGUUGAAGUGAUGGCACGCGUUAAAAACAGUUGCAGCAGCAGUCUCGCGGUAUCACCAACAACAAUAACAUCAUCAUCAUCGACAUCGUUGUUGUCGACGACGUCUGUUCUGUGCCAUCAUCAUCGUAAUCAACAUUAUUCAUUGGGAACAUCGCGCCGCCACCAAACAGUCGACAAAAUACUAUAAAAUUUCAAAACGGCAAGAAUUAAAGCGAAAAAAGAAACAAAACAAAAAAUAAAAAAAAAUAAUAUUGCGUGUUCUCAUUUCGUGUUUACGGCAAAACAAAAAAAAACGGUUAUAAAUUGUUCUUGUUGUCCAAGUCGUUUCUAUAUACAUAUAUAUUAUUAAUAUUGUUGUUGUUGUUAUUAGACAUUAAAAAAAUGUCAUGGUUUUAUAUCGUUUCAUAGAUAUAUUGGAUGCAAUAGUGGAAACUUUAAAUAAUGGCAAUGGUAUGCUGCUCUCCCCACCACAUAAUAAUUCAGGCCAUCAGCAGCAGCAACAACAACAACAGCAGCAACAACAACAGCAGCAUCAACAACAACAGCAACACCAACAACAAUCAACACGUGGUAGUAGCGGCGGCGGUGGUGGACUAUCAUCGGCUGCCGCUGCUGCUGGCGUGGCCACAGCUGGCGGAAAUGAACGAAAUGUUAGCAGCAGUAGUGGCUCAGCGGCUGCUUCUGCCUCAUCAUCAGCAUCAUCUGGGGAAAAUAAUAUACAAAUAACACAACCGAUAAGUGCGCCCUCAUCACCCUUGGCCUCGCCGGGUGCCAUUAGUCCCUCGUCAUUUUGUCUGCCAUCAAGUUCCACGGGAUCAGCAAUGGGUGCCGCCACAAAUGGCAGUGGCUCUUACGUGUGUCCAAAUGGCGUUAGCUCAAGCAGUUUAUCCUAUGCAAAUUUGGGAGCCUCCAAUUCCAAUGAUACAGCCGAUCCCAAUUGGCAAGCAACAAAGGCCACCGUGCUGGAACGUAAUGCAGCCAUGUUUAACAAUGAAUUAAUGUCCGAUGUGCGAUUUGUGGUGGGAGGAGAUUUCGAUGCCGUUCAAACUAUACCAGCUCACAAAUAUAUUUUGGCCACUGGUAGUUCAGUAUUUUAUGCAAUGUUUUAUGGAGGUUUGGCUGAAAAUAAAAAUGAAAUUAAAGUGCCUGAUGUGGAACCAUCGGCCUUUCUUACCUUGUUAAGAUAUUUAUAUUGCGAUGAAAUACAAUUGGAACCUGAUAAUAUAUUAGCCACACUAUAUGCAGCCAAAAAAUAUAUUGUACCACAUUUGGCUAGAGCCUGUGUCAACUAUUUAGAAGUUAAGCUAACGGCAAAAAACGCCUGUCUACUUCUCAGUCAAUCACGUCUUUUCGAAGAGCCCGAACUGAUGCAACGUUGCUGGGAAGUAAUCGAUGCUCAGGCCGAGAUGGCCAUAAAAUCUGAGGAUUUUGUUGAUAUUGAUCUCAAGACUUUCGAAUCGAUUUUAUGGCGCGAAACACUCAACUGCAAGGAGAUACAUCUCUUUGAGGCCGGUUUGAAUUGGGCUCAGAAUUGUUGCCAGAAAAUGUCAAUUGAACCGACGCCACAAAAUAUGCGAAAGGUUUUGGGUCAAGCGUUGCAUUUAAUCCGCAUUCCCACCAUGUCAUUGGAUGAAUUUGCCAAUGGCGUUGCACAGACGGGCAUUUUAACUUCACAGGAAACGAUUGAUAUGUUUCUACACUUUACGGCCAAGGUAAAACCUUCAUUGAACUUUCCAACCAAGUCCCGGGCCGGUUUAAAGACACAGGUUUGUCAUCGUUUUCAAUCGUGUGCAUAUCGAUCGAAUCAAUGGCGUUAUCGUGGUCGUUGUGAUAGUAUACAAUUUUCGGUGGAUCGAAGAAUCUUCAUUGUUGGUUUCGGUUUAUAUGGAUCUUCGACUGGUGCUGCAACAUAUAAUGUUAAGAUUGAACUGAAACGCUUGGGUCGUACACUCGCCGAAAAUGAUACAAAAUUCUUUUCCGAUGGUUCCUCAAAUACCUUCCAUGUUUUCUUUGAAAAUCCUAUACAAAUUGAACCUGAAUGUUAUUAUACAGCUUCGGUUAUAUUAGACGGCAUUGAGUUAUCGUUUUUCGGUCAGGAGGGUAUGUCGGAAGUGUGCAUGGGCAAUGUAACGUUCCAAUUUCAAUCGUCGUCGGAGAGUACCAAUGGUACCGGUGUACAAGGUGGUCAAAUACCGGAAUUAAUAUUUUACGGACCAACGGCGGUACCCUCACCAAUGCAAUCGAUGUGUGCCAGUCCAAUUGGUGAAUUGGAGGCUGCUUGCGGAAUCGGCGGCCUAUUGGCAACUUCGGGCACCGCUAAUAAUACCGCCACCAGCAAUGGCAGUCAUCAAAGUCGCAGUAAUCGUAAUUCUAGUGAACUAUCAGCAAAUUGUGAUGAAUUGUUAGGAGCAUGUUCUAGUACAGAUGGAGGUGGUACUUCAUCAAAUUAGGAGUAUAUUCAAGUAGAUGAACAAGAUUUUGAAGAAAAGACACAAAAGCAACUAUUACAUUUAUACACAUAUAUAUGAACAAACAAACAAACAAACAAAAAAAUAACAAACAUUGAAACAAUGGUUUUUUUCUAUCUCUUUCAUCCCCUUUACUCAUUCUCUUUAUCUCUCAUUAGAAGCAUAAUUAUAUAGUUAUAAAUUAUAUAACAAAAUCAUGUUAGUCAUAUACCGAUUUAGUUUAUAUAUAAACAUAUAUCUCUUACUUUUGGAUAAUAAUAACAUUUGAAAUAAAACAACUAUAUUCUAAAAAACAAAAACCAACAACAAAAGUAAUCCGAAUGCAGGAUAUGUAGUAAGAGGCAUACAUACACAUAGAAAAAAUAGAAAACAAGAUUUCAGCACCAGAAAUGGAAACAUGAAGGGAACAUUAAAGUCUGUUAAACAUCCAUAACUACUAUAAAACAAACAUUAAUACGAAAAAAUUAAAGCAAUAUUCAGAAUAACAAAUACACCAUUACAACACUACUUCAUUGCAUUAGUUCACAUCGUCAUCACUCAUAUUGUCAAGACUCGAAAAAAGACAAACAUAAUUUUAUAUACAACAGUAAUACAUUUGCAAUAAACUAUUUUAAAGAAUAAAAAAUAUUGAAACAAAGAGCUAAAAGUCGGCCAAUGUCGAUUGUUGCGUUUAAAAAGCCUACACCACCAUUAAAACACAAAUAUUUUUAAUUUAUUUAAUUCUCUGUUUUGAUUUGAAUUUUACACAUAGAGGGGAUUCCGUGCAGCUGAUAACAACGACUAGCACGCCAAGAGUCAAAAACCUUCAAUUAAUUCCUCAAAAAUUCGAAUCGUAUUACCUUCUGAAGAAAUUUAUAAAAAACGGCUGAUAAGAAUGGCAUAAGAAUGUUUUUUUUUUUUUAUUAUAUGACUCAGCUAGAAGAGUACUGUGGUAGACAAAGAGUAGUCAUACUAAUUUUCCCAGCAAGAGCUAGAUUAUUUUUGUGAAAUCGUAAUUAUACGAAUUCCAAAUGGGAAUGAAAUCGUAAUUAUACGAAUUUCGAAUGGGAAAUUCUACAUAUAUGGGACUUAUAUUAUCGAGUGAUCAGCACAUUUAAAAAUCAAACACCCACCCUAUCUUAACAUAGUUUUCACUACUGUCAAAAUUGAUUAUUUUCCCUCAAUGCAAUUCUACUAAAUAUCGACAUCUUGUAUAACAAAACUAAGAAUAUCGAAAGUAGAAUUUCAAAUGAAUGAGCCCGAUGUAAAAUGUCUUAAAAAAAGGUAGUAUACCUUUUGGUCUACCAAAGCUUGGAGAUGUAUGCAUUUGUAUUGAUUGGGAAUUAUUUGAAUUUGUUCCACAGUGCUUCAGAUCAUCGCACCCAUAAAAACAAACAAAACCUCCUUUAUUUACAUAUUGUGGAUAAUAAACUCUUGGCAUUCUUAAAAAUAUCCCAUGAAAUAAAAUUCUUUGUAUUUUUAUCAAAGGUAAUACCACAGGAAUGAAGAUAACGAAAUGGCACACACAGAUAUAAACAAAACUAACAACUUGAACUGAUAAAAUUACCAGCUUUAAAUAAUCCGUCGUUGUUAUUCGAUUGGUCAAUUUAGCGAUGGUGUUUUUGGCUCAUAUUCCCAUACCAUUAACUUAAAACAUAUUCAUAUAUAAAAGUUCCAAAAAUAUUAAGUUUGUGGUGUAGAUUAUAUACAGCACACAUACACACUAAAGGCAAUCAAUUACAAAGAAUUAAUAAGAAAAAAAAGAUAUACAUAAAAAAUAAAUAUAUUGGAAAACUCUAAACACUGGGAUCUUUAAAAUUAUUAGGAAAAGAUAAACAAAAAUACAAAAAAUAUAACUUCUUAAAUAUAUACAUACAUAUAUAUCUAUAUAUAUACAAAACAUUGCUACAUGCAUAUAUACAAAAUAAUAUAAAUAUAUACAUAUAUUUAAAUUUAUUAUUAUAAAAAAGUCAUUUUUCAUUAAAAAAAAAAACAAGUUAUUAUAUUACGUUAAUAAAAAUGUAGAUUAUCCUUGAAUAUAAUAUUUGACCAGUUAACAAAACUAAAGAAGUUAAAAAGAAAAGACAAAAAACCAAACCCAAUUUUAUUGAAAACAUCUUUACAAAAAAAAGGAAAAGAAAGAAAUAUUUAUGCCAAAAAUACGAAAAAAAAAGAAAAAAGUAUGACAAACAAACGAAUGGUACUUCAUUAAAAUGAUAUGAUUAUUAUGAAAAAAAAAAAAAACAAAACACAAUUACAACAUAAUUAGCCCAUUAUUCCCAGGAUUAUUGUAACAAUUCCAUAGGUAAUCCUUGAAUACACAUAGCAUUUUAUAACGUUUUUUUUUUUUUGUAGUUUCAAUUCCAAAUAUUAUUGCAUUUAUACACAUACAUAUGGCUUUUGCUUUAUUCCUUCCUAGAAUUAUCCUCGCAAACGUUUUGUUUUUUUCUUGAUAUCCUUUACAUCUACAUUAUAUAUGCUAUUCUUAUUAUAUUCCUAUUUAUAUGAAGCCGAAUAUUUUGUUUUACAACUUUAAUUGAUCUACUUUUUGUUUUCUAUGCUUUCUUUUUGUGCCUUUAAUUAUGUUUAUUAAAUCACUCCGCAGCGUCUUGUACUGAACUAUGUAUACAAAAUGUUUCCAACAUUUUUUUAGGUAUGUCUCCCCACAUACAGAAAAUGAAUUUAAUUAUUAUAAUCUCCUAUUGAAAAAGCAUUAAAUAAAUAAAAAAAUAAUUUUUAGAAAUUUUUAAAAA